UGGGCACUCGUUUCCUUGGUUGGACUUCCUCUACGAGGCACGAGGCUCGGACAUUCUCUGGUCGCUCCCACCUUAGAUACACCAGCCAGGACUAUGGGAAACCAAAACUCAAAGGAGGGUGGUGGCUCUAAAGGCUCGGGCGGCGCCACGGCAGCCACAGAUAGUCUACAGUCAUACCCAUCCCUCGGUAAAUCUGAUACAAAGGAAUCAUCGCGCUCGUUCAAGGCGCUUCGGUCUAAAAUUCCAGGUAGUGGAAGAACUGACAGCCCCCGAAGCUCCACCGUUCUCUCCAAUGGCGACACGCUCGUUGAUAAAUCUGAUGUCGCAUCCGUACGAUCCGGGCGAAGCAGUAAGUCGGCGAUGUCUAGAUCCAGCCGCGUUGACUCCAUGGCGAGCCCCGUGUCACCAGACUUGGUGACCUCCCCCCUGGAUGAUGAUGAUGCGCAACCACCACCAUCCCCUAUACAAUCUGCCUCAAUGAAAACGGGACAUGGCGAUAUUAGUGCUGCUCAAGCCUCUGGAGAGGUUGACCAUGUAUCCGAUCAGCCACCAUCUGGCGCUUCUAAUUCCAACCCGCAACUGCAACAGCAGCCAGGGGCUUCGAUCCUGGUGAAGAGGGAGAAUGCAACUAAUCCUAUUCACUCCGGAGCUACGGAUGAACAGUCCGGUGGCGUAGCGAUGGGCGAGAUCAACGAUAUCGACCUUGAUGAUUUUAUAAAACGCCUUCUCGACGCCGCCUACGCUGGCAAGGUCACCAAGAGUGUCUGUUUAAAGAACGCCGAAAUCGUAGCUAUAUGCCAGAGAGCGCGAGAAGUUUUCCUUUCUCAGCCGGCCUUACUAGAGCUCGAUGCUCCUGUCAAAAUUGUUGGGGAUGUUCAUGGGCAGUACACCGACUUGAUCCGUAUGUUUGAGAUGUGCGGAUUCCCUCCCUCUGCCAACUUCCUCUUUCUCGGCGACUAUGUUGAUCGGGGAAAGCAAUCACUUGAGACGAUUCUUUUGCUAUUAUGUUACAAGCUAAAGUACCCAGAGAACUUCUUCCUCCUUCGUGGAAAUCAUGAAUGUGCCAAUGUUACCCGUGUUUAUGGUUUCUACGACGAAUGCAAGCGACGAUGCAACGUCAAAAUCUGGAAAACUUUCAUUGACUGUUUUAAUACUCUGCCCAUAGCUGCCAUUGUCGCUGGAAAAAUCUUUUGUGUUCAUGGUGGUCUCUCACCGGCAUUGGACCAUAUGGAUGAUAUCCGCAAUAUUGCUCGCCCGACUGAUGUUCCUGAUUAUGGUCUACUCAACGACUUACUUUGGUCCGAUCCGGCGGAUAUGGAAGCAGACUGGGAGGCUAACGAAAGAGGAGUCAGUUAUUGCUUCGGGAAGAAAGUCAUAACCGACUUCUUGGCCGCGCAUGAUUUUGAUCUCGUUUGCCGAGCGCACAUGGUUGUGGAAGAUGGUUAUGAAUUCUUUAAUGACAGGGUUUUGGUCACUGUCUUCAGCGCGCCAAAUUACUGUGGCGAAUUCGACAACUGGGGCGCCGUAAUGUCCGUUUCGUCAGAGCUGCUUUGCAGUUUCGAAUUGCUCAAACCACUCGACUCUUCUGCGCUGAAAAGUCAUAUCAAAAAGGGCAGGAACAAGCGCAAUAAUAUGCUCAAUAGCCCGGUAUGUUAACUAUUCCGAAACUAUACGACUAGCCAUCUAACACGUUUGUCGUAGCCCGCAAGCGUGUAUCCCCAGAGCGUGUAGGUUUCGUUUUAGAGCCAAUAUUACCUAUCUUAGCACGCUCAUACUCGGUAUGGGCAUGAUACAACGGCCAGGUGUAGCCGCAGCAACUCGGAAGCUGUAUACACAGUCUAUGAGCUCUGCGCCGCUUGAAGUUACCUUUUAUAGGGGACACGCUGGUACAAAAAACAUCGCGUGAUGUCUAACUUCUUGCCAUCUAAUAUCACCGGCAUCAUCUCGGUUGAUCUGCCUUCGGCAGGGCAUUAGAGGAGACACGGAUACAAGGAUGUAACAAUUCUUGUAACGGAGGAACAGGAAGAGUAGCCUGAAAACGGACUUACUCACAGGGCUUAGUGAACUUGCACUUUCAAUGAGAAGGAAACUUCUUCACUGGAGAGCAUGGCAUGCCUGCGUGUUUCUACAGGCGCAUUGGUAGACAGGACUUUAUGUAUAUUACCUGGGUUUCAGUAACUAAAUAACUAACAUUAAUUUGCUCUCAGAGCUCUCUUGGUAUCAAAAUGGAAAAUCCGGCGUUAAGCAAAAAACAGAAGCAAUUUCUUGUGUAAGUCAUUUGUGACUGAUAAACGUACCUCACUGACGACU